UAAAUAGGAGUCGUAUAUAAGAGUCAGAAUAACAAAAAGAAACAGUGCAGUCAUCUGUAUUUAGAACCUUGCUACUUCUGUUACUGAAAAACACUACAUUUGGAAAGGAUGUACAAAGGGAUAUGUCUCUGUGCAUUACUUGCUGUGAUCUGUGCAAACUCCUUGGCAAAGCCAACAGGAUCUGCAGAUGAAGAAAAUGAUGCCGUCGAACGCUUUGCCCGAGGCUGGGGAGAUACAUUUGGAAAGGUUUUGAAAAAUUUUGCUAAAGUAGCUGGAGUGAAAGCAGCAAAGGAACAUAAACAGACGGUACGCAGUGCUGAGCCCCAAGGUUUGAUGGGUACACUUAUAAGCAAGCAAAUGAAAAAAGGAUAAACAAUAAAACUGAAGAAGAAGGAAAAGCAUUUUAUUGGAAAUAAUGUUGCAGGGCUGAAGAAUACAGUUGUCCCUCAGAUACCUGCCAGAACUCUAAAAAUACACCAUAAACCAGCAAAUAAAAUAAGCAAAUAAAUAUGUGCAAAUAAAAUGAGCAAAAAUUAAGCAAAA